UGCAAGGAUGCUGCUCCUGAGCUUCGCCGAAAAGCCCGGACAUUUAUUAUGAACAAGACAGGUGACAAUGGUGGUCAAGUUAUCUCACCAGCUGCUUCGUCUAGUUCUGGUGGUGUGAUCAAGAAGCGGAAGAAGAUUUCGACAUUGGAUGGAUAUGUAGACUACCCACUUAGUGACGAGCAAGCCAAACUUGCAAAUAUAAAACUGCUUCGGUUCAUAAUUCACGCCAACAUCCCAUUUCGUGUAGGAGAUGACGAAUAUUUUCGCGAGUUUAUCGACGUAAUUCGGCCAUCAUACAAAGUUCCAUCCCGAUAUGUAUUA